AAAUUAUUAUGAACGUCGAAACACCAAAUUCCGAGAAAGUGUAACAAGUACUUUCUAAAUAAUAUUUUAGAUUCUUUAAAAACAAGAAUCAUUGUUAAAAGAAUAGAAAUAUUAUGAAUAUGAAUAAAAAAUACUGACUUUUGGAUCAAGAUUUAUUAAUUAGUAAAAUAAAGAUGGAGCUAUCACUUUAUAUUUAUAAGCAAGCAAAGUCUUAGUUAAAAAUAAUUAAGAUAAUUCAGGAUUCAAUCUAGCCACAGAAGUGAUUAAAUUAUCAGAUGAAUUAGAUUCUUAAAAUAUUGGUAAGAUUGAUCUAUUUAUUUGAAAGCUGAGAUUAUGUCAAUUUAUUCAAUUGCAUAAUUUAGUAAAUUAAAAGUUCAAUUCAUUAACAAAGUGCUAAAGAAAUAUCCAAAUUAUAAAGAUUAAAUUUGUUAAUAAGUUGGAGUUGAUUUACUUAAUCAUAAUAAAUUUCAUUUAGCAUGGAGAUAUUUAAUCUAAUUAUCAGAUGUUAAUACAGAAAUUUAGAUGUUGGUAAAAUGGAAUUAAUAAUUACCUGAAUAAGAAAGACAAUAUAACUUAAUCAGAUACUUAUUAAUGUAAAUAUGAAAAAUAAUUUUAUUAGUAAAUUAGGUCAGGGAUUAUAUAAUGAGAGUGUUAAGAUAAUGAAUGAGUUAAUUCCUACAACAGUUACUUAAGAAGCUUUAUUUAUUCAUUUAUUAGUAAAAUCAAUCAGAAUUUAAAGCAGGGAAGCAUAUGACUUAGUUUUCAAUAAGUUUAAAGUUGUGAUUGAUGCAGAUCCAAUUUUUUAGGAUGUAUGAAAAUUAACUAUAAAUUAGUUAUAUUAUAAAGUAGGUGUAAAGUACUUUGGACUAAAGGAAAAGGAAUAAUCAUAAUCGGGUAUUGGUGGAUUAUUGAGUUAAUUCUUUUAAUGA